AUGAAUCGAAAAGAUCCUGCGUGGAAGUAUGCAAAAGAAAUAGAGGGGGAAAAAUACUUGAGAUGCGCAUUUUGUGAUCAAAGAUGCAGUGGAGGAAUUUCUAGACUUAAGCAUCAUUUAGGUCAAACUCAUCAUGGUAUGCAACCAUGUAAGAAAGUUCCUGAACAUGUGAAAAAAGAGUGUGCCGCAACUUUGAAAAAUCUUCAGCUUGAAAAAAGAAAGAAAAAUGAAAUGCUUAGAGAGAUCGGGGAUGGUCCAGGAGGAGGGGCUCUGAGUAUGGAAACUUUAUUGGAUGAAGAAUAUGGAAUCCCUGGUACUAGGAGUGCUGCAGUUGAUGAGGCUCUUAGAGCACAAUCUAAAUCAAAAGGACCAAUGGAUAGAUUUGUCACUUCAGAAGCUCGGCAAAGUACAUUGAAUUCAGCAUACAAACAAGAAGAAAGAAAGGAAGUUUGUCGAAAGAUUGGUCGUUUUUUCUUCUCUAGAGCACUCCCAUUUAAUAUUGUAAAUGAUCCAUUUUGGCUACCUAUGGUGGAAGGGAUUGCCGCAUACGGUGUAGGAUUUAAGCCUCCAUCAAUGCAUGAGUUGAGGACAUGGAUCCUUAAGGAAGAAGUUGGCGACAUUAAUACAAUGAUGGAAGAACAUAAGAAAGCUUGGGCAGAGUAUGGAUGUACUAUUAUGUCUGAUGGUUGGACUGAUGGUAAAAAUAGAGUACUAAUAAACUUUCUUGUGAAUAGCCCAGCAGGUACUUGGUUUUUGAAAUCUAUUGAUGCAUCUGAUUCCAUAAAAAAUGGAACGUUAUUGUUCAAAUAUUUAGAUGAUGUUGUCAAAGAAGUUGGAGAGGAGCAUGUCAUUCAAGUAAUAACAGAUAAUGCUUCCAAUUAUAAGAAUGCUGGAGUGAAACUUAUGGAGAAGAGGAAGAAGUUAUGGUGGACUCCAUGUGCUGCCCACUGCAUUGAUUUGAUGUUAGAAGAUAUUAGCAAAAUGAAAGUUUUUGAAGAUACAAUUAGACUAGCCAAGCAAGUAGUGAAGUUUAUUUAUGGGCAUACAUGGGUUCUUGCUUUAAUGAGAUCUUUCACGAAAAACAAAGAGAUAAUUCGCCCUGCAAUCACACGGUUUGCAACUUCUUAUCUUACUCUUCAAAGCAUCUAUAAGCAAAAACAACCUCUUCAGGCAAUGUUUUCUUCUGGAGAAUGGCACAAUGGACCAUUUGUCCAACAACAUGAAGGUAUUAGGGCUCACUCAACAAUACUAUAUGAUGUUAAUUUUUGGUCCCAUGUUGCUUUUUGCAUCAAAAGUGUUAUUCCAUUAGUAUCGGUUUUGAGAGAAGUUGAUUCAGAGGAGAGACCUGCUAUGGGAUUUAUUUAUGAGUUAAUGGAUGUUGCAAAAGAGAAAAUUGCUUUUAAUUGCGGAAAAGUUGAAAGAAAGUAUAAACCCAUUUGGAGAAGAAUAGACGAAAGAUGGGGCCCACAACUUCAUCAACCUUUACAUGCUGCUGGUUAUUAUUUGAACCCUCAAUUGCGUUAUGAAGAAACCUUUUCUAAUGCUGAUGAAGUGAGGAAGGGAUUGGAAGAUUGCAUGACUAGGAUGUUGUCUUUUGAGGAUCAUAUGGCUGCUGAUAUCCAGUUGGACUUCCUUACUUGUAGUGCAUCUGGGUGUGAGAGGAAUUGGAGCACAUUUGAGCAGAUUCAUACAAAGAAAAGAAACAGACUUGAACAUCAAAAGCUCAAUGCUCUAGUAUAUGUGAAGUAUAAUACGGCACUAAGAGAGAGAAGUAUUAGAAGGAGGUCAAAGAUUGAUCCAAUAUUGGUGAAUGAAAUUGAGUCCGAUGAUGAAUGGAUAGCUGAGGUUGAAGAACCAAUUCUACCAACUGAUCUUACUUGGCUUAAUUCUCAAGAAUUAUAUGAUGUUGAUGUCAUCAGAAAUAUGCCCACUGAACCUUAUGAAACUGAUCUACAUGCUCGAGUGCCUAUUUCUGUAGAGCCUAUUGGUGAUCCUAGGACUCAAGAGCGAGGGAAUAUUCAUGUUAGGACUCAAGAGCCUAUUGUCCAUUCUAGAACUCAAGAGCCUAUUGUCCAUUCUAGAACUCAGGAUCCUAUGAUUGAUGAUGAUCUUAUUCUUGAUGAUGAUGUUCUUCUUUCCUCGUUAGCUUCAAAAAAGAGAAAAGAUGGUGAAACCUCAAGUAAGAGGAAAGUCAAAAGCAAGUCCAUAAGAGCGAUGCUUAUGGAUGAAGAUGAUGAGAUAGAUAAAGAUCCUUCAACAUUUGAUAGUGGGAAAUAUCCUUUUCAUAUUGAUACAGUUGAUCAAUAUGAUAGUGAUGCUAGUUUGAAUGAUAUUAGUGUUGAGGAGUGGGAUGAGUGA